UAUAUACAUAAAUUGAGAAGCUUUAGAGCUAAAUGCUACGAUAUAAAGUAUUUUUUUCAUGCAAAGUACGGUAAGCAAGUUAAUAACUACACUGUCUUUAACUCACUCCUAAAUGUUUAAAUGGCAUUCAAUCAAACAAUCAUGAUGUUAAACAUGUGGAAAUUCAAUUGUAAAUAUUGUUAUUUUAAUGGUUAUUCUUAUCAGUGAAAGAGGAAUUACUGAAUCCUGUCAAUGAAUUUAUAAAUGUCUAUAAAUCAGUUUCCACUAGUCAGAAUGUGAUUUCUACAUAAGCAAUAAUUUUUGGAACAUGCUAAAAUUGCUGUACAGAUUUCUUAAUUUAAUGUUUUUUUCUGACAUUUUGACACUAAUAAAAUGUCCAUACUACUGACUAAAUAUUAAUUCCAUAGAAGUUCACCACCUCCGAAUGUAGAAGGGAAAUAGGCUCCAUUCUACUGGAAACAGUCAGUUUUCAGAAACAGAAUUUACAUUGGUAAGAGUUUAAAUUGAUCUCAGAUCGAUAAAGUGUUUAGUCAUGUGGUUUACUGUAAAUGGAAAAAUGAAACUGAAAGCAAGAGGAGAGGAUAUAAAAAUCCCCUCCCCUUCUCAAUAUUGCAGUGUCACUCUGUCCAGAGCAACAUAAGCAAAGCUAUGGGGGGAGGUAAGUAAGUCUUGACCUGUCACACCUUCUCCUUCUUGUAAGAUGGAAGAUAAUGCAUGAUGUUGAAGUUUUAAAAUGUAUAGCUUUGACUAUGUCAACAUGUGUUAUUUUUUUUGCAUCAGCACUUUUCAGUCAGCCAUGGAGGAAUCUAUCAUGGAACAAGCAGGAAGACCUCGAUUUUAUGAGAACCUACCAACCUCAAAACCAAGAAGUCAAUCAUCUCAGGAUUCUGCUUCAUGGACCGGUCGGUGCCGGCAAGUCCAGUUUCAUCAACUCUGUGGAUAGUAUCUUACAAGGCAGAAUUAUGGGUCGAGCCUUGACGGAUGCAAUAUCUGGGACCAGCUUCACCAGAAAGUAUAAAACUUACAAAAUCCAUAAAGGUCCAGACGACUUUUAUUCUUUUGUGUUCAAUGACAUCAUGGGCUUUGAGAAAGAUACCAACACUGGUGUUCUUGUGGAAGACGUCAAACUGGCCCUGAGAGGACAUGUGGAAGACGGUUACCAGUUCUGUCCCAGCCAGAAACUGACAGAGGGUGAUGAAGGUUACAGGUCAUCUCCCACUCUGGACGACAAAGUUCACGUUCUGGUCUGUGUGCUUCCUGUCGGCUCAGUAUCUUUAUUAAGUAAAGAAGUUGUGAAGAAGAUGAGAGAAGUCAGACUCGCAGCCACUAACAUGGGAAUUCCCCAACUGGCUAUUCUCACCAAAGUGGAUGAAGCCUGUCCUGAAACCAACAAAAAUAUAAAGAAUGUCUAUAAGAGCAGGUACCUGAAGGAACAGGUCGACAAAUUCAGCUCGUUACUGGGUCUUCCUCAGGACUGCAUCUUCCUUGUGAAGAACUACGGUACAGAUGCCAUCAUGAUUGAUGACAAAGAUGCGCUGAUACUGAACGCACUGGGACAGAUGAUACACUUUGGAGAAGACUUCCUCAACGACCUGUAGACCUGCAUUCUGCUGAAGAAGACUCUUUACAAUCAAAGCUUGGAAAAAAAAGUGCCUCUGUAUUUAAUUUAUUGAAUUAAUUUACAGUUGCAGUGUGGUUGUAUGAGGAAUCUAUUAUCAAUAGUCAGUAUAUUUCCUACUGGAGAAGCAGGCAGGAGUAACAUUAUCAACACAGAAGCUUAACAAUGUACUGCUGUGAUGUACUUAAGAAAAGAACAAACUAAUAAAAUCAAUAUAAUAAGUGUUGUUAUUGUGACUUUGGUGAUUUAAACUAUUAGGAAAAAGCAAAAGCAAGCUGUCUCAUAACAUUGUUAAAUAAACUAGAGAAUGUAUCAAAUUCAGAAGUCAUUGCCCAAAAAAGUUUCAGUCUGAAUAAACUCUCUCUCUCUCUCU